CCCACCCCCCCCCCCCCCCCGGCCCAACCCCCUGGCUUCCGACGCGGACCCUCCUCCACCCUCUCGCAAUCGACGUUGGUGAGUCCAGGGGCAUGGCUGACUGAUAUUUGCCAUGAGAGAUGAAAUUAGAGAGAAGAAGAAUUCUAAGAAGGUACUUCGGUCUUUGCUAAUUUAUAUAUUUUCCAGCACAUAUUUUUGGUAUUAGAUGUGUUUUGGUUUUUUGCCCUUUUCUUUUGGGUAUGCGAUGUAGAGAUCAAGAGGAUUGAAGGCCAUGGGGAGUAUGGACAGCGAGAUUUCGCUCAUACUGAUCUCUUUCUCAAUCUCGCACACACUAAUUCUGCUAUAUAUAUGGCUUGAAUUGGUUAUGGUACCCAGCUGCAGCUCCACUUGCCACCGGCGUUGUUGUGGAUUAACAACUUUUUCUGUUUGAAAGAGGAUGAUGAUAAUGUACAGAGAAAAUAGUUGAACUAAUUCCAGAUGGUGUAGGAGGUCAGCGGAAACAAGAGCGAGAAGUGAAAAGAUGAUGAAGAGCUUGGGAAAGACUUCCAUGGCAAAACGGAAUGAAAAAAGUGAAAUUGGUGAGUUACAGAGAGGAAAUGAAAAGUAGAGUUGGUGAGUUGCAGUAGAGUUAUUUUGGUAAAGGAAAUCUAGUGUAAUGAGUUUAUUAUAGAGUCUCUACAAUUGAUGAUGUGGCACAAUUCUAUAGUUGGCUGUUUAUGCCUCAAUAGCAGACGGACCGUUUAAAAGUGGAACUCUUCUAUUUUCCCUCGUCCUCCUCGUUCGCUCUACCCAGCGCCUUCUACAAACCCACACCCACGCCCGCAGCGGUCACCAGACUCACCACCCACCACUCCUUGACCACCUCCAGCCGCUCUUACUGAUAAUCAGAACUCCUCUCCGGCGACCAAACUCGGCCCCACAUUGAUAAAGAAGUUUCCCUUAAUAAAUCUUGUAAACGCAGCCUUCGUGCAGAGCUCUCAUUGCCGGCUAGGGUUUUACCGUUGUCCCAUUAAAUUUAACACUUACAAUGGAUUCCAGAUACACGGGAGAGGUAUUGAAGCAUUUGGAGAAGCAGAGCGAGCUCCUUAUGGAUUCCUAUAGAUCUAUGUCACAUGAAUUGCAUAAACUUCAGGUAGAAGAAGAAAUGCUGAUGCGCAAGUUUUAUGAAAUAAUGUCAGCUCAUGGUCUAAAUAAAAAGCUUUUGCAGAAUCACGACAGAAGUAAUGCUCCUGAUUAUGAGGAGAAUGGAGAUUGCACGGCAAUCAUUGCAACUAGUGAUGCAGAACAAUGAGGAUAUGAAGUUAGAUUAUUUCUAUCAAGGAUUUAUGUACACACAUGAGCUUUGGCUUGGAGGAAGACCUUUUUUGCAUACUCAUUGUAAGGGUUGAAUUUCGUAGAGGUCUUUAAUACUCGUUUGAUUUAUAGUGUAGAAUGCAACUACCCUGAACUAGUUAUAAGAUAUCAAUAUUAAAGAUAAAAGACAUAAGAUUGCUACUCUCUAUGUUAAGUGUGACUGAGACAUUAAAUAGCUACUCCUUGGAGACACAAGAUUUACAUAUUGUAAUCCCAAACUAUAUUUGGGCUUUUUUCUUCUUCCUAUGUGCUUCCUAAAAUUCAAAUUUUUUGACAA